AUGCCCCCGGUAAAUUCGCCCACUGAUGCCCCCUCUCGAUCACCUCUGGCUGCUACCUCGUCCUCUCAUCGUAGCCACCGCCAUGCUGGAUUUGACGAUGCUCAUAAUGAUAACGUGAACUUUCUGAGAUCUCGCGUGCGGUCUCCGCCUGGUCCCUCUUCAUCUUUACUCGGUCGCCAGCUUCGCCGCCGACAACAGAUCCUGUCCGGGCUUGAGAUGGAACUCGAUGAGCGCCUUUCUGUCGAAAUAAACCGUCGCAUACCGAUUUUGCGUCGCCAGCGUUCCGGGCCGAACGAAGAGAGGUAUAGUACCAUGCACAGCAACCUCCCAAACUAUGAAGGCCGGGUAUCGAAUUCGCGUACACUUUAUGGCUGGGCUCCGACGUCCGACGACGAGGACGAUAACCCUUAUCCGCCAAUACAAAGCAACGCACUCUCCUCAUGGCUCGGUCGACUCUCCGAACGCAGUACCUCUCGGCGUGCCGCACGCCGCGAUCCUCAGACAAACUCCAGCGAUCCGAUAGAGAAUAGUCACCAACCGUACGAAUCUACCGCAGAAACACAACCACAGUCAAUACCUCGUCAGCCCCGCUUCACCCGGACACGGCCGCUGCAUGAUUACCUUUUCGAACGUACGGAGGAGCCUCGAUCAAGUGCAGUCACCUCCCGGGCGUGGCGAUUCCUUCCCAGCGGCCGCAGCGAGCCACAUCGACCUCUAACAUAUAGUGACCUUCGCUCGCGGGUCAGCGCCCACCGACAGUUGCACCUAGAAAACCCUCCCAGCCCGAGACUGAAAGAAACUAUUCGUUAUCUCGAUCGGUUACGCUAUUCAAGUUCGUUUGAGGAAAGCUUGAGGUCCGCGACCGAUGGCGGAUUUGUCCAAUUAGACCUUAUUUCCUGGGACGAGGACGACUUUAUACUAGACACUUCCUCAUUAUGCCCCCCACCAGAGUGCUCAUGGCUUCGCCCGGGCAUGACCUUCUCCGGGUUCCAAAGAGCCGCUAGCAGCGCCAGCGUCAUCCUUCCUCAGCAAGGGCCCAGUUCAUCCUCCAACGACCCAAUGAUAGUCAAUGGCAGUGAUCAAAACCGCAUCACUAUACAGACAACAAACGGAAGAAGAUAUUUUGCCAGUCAAGUCUACAAUUUACGGACCGGCAAGGAAGAGAACUGGCCGGUUAAAGUGACCAUCCACGAUGUCAACACUCACGACAUGACCCUGUCGGGGACUAUGGAAGCGUACAAUAUCCCCGACAAAACUUCACCAUCGCAAAACGCGGUUAUCAUUACUUUUCUUGAGGGAGAGAUUAUUGACUUCAACUCACACACCCUUGAGACGAAGAAUUUUAAAGCAGAUGCCGAGAUCGACAGCACGUACUGGCGAGAAUUGCAGCCGUUCAAGGAUCUAACCGAUGAUGAGAUGACCCGAAAUCUAGUGUCCAGGAAAUGGAUUACGGAGGAGCUGUGCAAGGGCUGGAUUCUGAUGCGUUGGAAAGAUGCACGCCAAGGCCUCACAAUAUCAGGCUUCUAUUACAUUUCUUUGCACCGCGAGACCGGCAAUAUUGAAGGACUAUAUUACGACCCCGGCAGCUCACCGUAUCAGCAAUUGUCGUUGAAACCAGAAACGAAGAUGAUGACCCGACCCUCGUAUAGCUUCCGGUAG